CCGCCAGCCGGCGAGAUGUACCAGAGUUUAGCCAUGGCAGCUAACCCCGGCCCUCCGGCGUACGAGGGGGCAGGUGGCUUCAUGCACAGCGCGGCCGCAGCGUCCCCCGUCUAUGUGCCCACCACGAGGGUCACCUCCAUGCUCCCCAGCCUGCCGUACCUCCAGAGCAGCGGCUCUUCCCAGCAAGGCAGCCCCGUCUCCAGCCACUCCAUCUGGACUCAACCCGGAGCCGAAAGCGCCGCUUACAACCCCGGAUCUUCUCACCCUUCUGUGUCACCUCGGUUCUCCUUCUCCACCAGCACCCCCAUCCCUGCCACCUCUUCCCGGGAAGCCGCGGCGGCUUACGGCAGCUCCUUGAACCUUUCUGCUAACGGGAGGGAGCAGUACAGCAGGGGGUUUGGCAGCUCCUAUUCCAGCCCCUACCCGGCUUAUAUGAGCCCCGAAAUGGCCACGACCUGGACUUCCUCGCCCUUCGACAGCCCCAUGCUGCACAACCUGCAGAGCCGAGGGACGCCCGCAGCCGCCCGACACGCCAACAUAGAAUUUUUUGAUGAUUAUUCAGAGGGGCGAGAAUGUGUCAACUGUGGGGCCAUGUCCACCCCACUCUGGAGGAGAGAUGGCACGGGGCACUACCUCUGCAAUGCUUGCGGGCUCUACCACAAGAUGAACGGCAUCAACCGGCCCUUGUUCAAACCUCAGAGGAGGCUGUCGGCUUCCCGCCGUGUUGGCCUCUCUUGUGCCAACUGCCACACAACGACAACCACGCUCUGGCGCAGAAACGCCGAGGGAGAGCCCGUCUGUAACGCCUGCGGACUCUACAUGAAGCUCCAUGGGGUUCCAAGGCCUUUAGCAAUGAGAAAAGAGGGCAUUCAGACAAGGAAGCGCAAGCCGAAGAACCUUAACAAAACAAAGACACCAGCAGGUCCUUCCAGCAGCGAGAGUCUUACCCCGACCACCAGCUCCACCAGCAGCAGCAGCAGUGCCACAACCACCGAGGAAAUGCGCCCCAUAAAAACAGAACCUGGGCUCUCAUCUCAUUACGGGCAUGUCAGUCCCAUUUCUCAGGCAUUCUCAGUCUCUGCCAUGUCCGGACACGGAUCCUCUAUUCAUCCUGCGAUUUCAGCUCUGAAGCUUUCCCCGCAGGCUUACCAGUCUCCACAAACCAGCUCCAAACAGGACUCCUGGAACAGCCUGGUGUUAGCUGAAAACCACGGGGACAUCAUAACCGCAUAA